CCCUUACCUUUUGUAUAUAUCACUCUCUAGAAGAAGAAGAAACCUUUUGUUUGUUUCACGAACUCGCCAGGAAAUGGCAGAUGACUUGGCGAAUCUCUGCCGAUUUCUUUUUGACGACACCGCCUUCCCCUCUUUGUCGUCUUCGGCAUCUUCAGAUCUCUUUUCUCGCCGUUUACGCUCCGAUGAUUCGAUCAAGCGCGGUCUCCGUUCUUUCUAUCUCCUCCUUCGCUGGGGUAUCGCUCCGAUCGGCGGAGAUGAUGAUGUUGAUGGUGAUGAUUCCUCCGGCAACGGCAAGCUACGCUUUGAGACCUGGUCCGAUUCGCAAGUUCAGUCACUUGUUUCGAUUUCCCAGGCGAUCCUUCUACUAUCGCGAUCUCUUUUAGUGGACCAACUCGAACCAAUAGUUUUGGGUGUCAUCCAGGAGGUGAUGGAGUUCUCCCUCAGCUUCUUGGAGAAGUCAAAUUUUAGACAAAAUGAUCUGAAAAUGCAGAUAAACAUGCAAGUACUUUUGGAAAUUGCUUCUUUUGAUGCAAGUGAGAAGCAAUAUGAUAUAUUACCAGCUGUCUCUCCCGCUGAAGUUGCACAACUGUGGCCAGCGUUUUCUGGCGAGCAUGAUAAUAUGGAAUCAUAUAGCCUUGUGAAAUGUACUUUUCAAGGGGGCAGAUGCUCAAAUGAAGAGAAGCCAGUUGACCGGCUUCUUAUUACGCUGAUGUCUGAAUGCAUUGAAUCUGAUGUCCAAGCGCAGUCUGUAGUAAAGCCCUCUUUUCAACAAGACUGUGGAAACUUGAAUCCCUUAACUCGACACCUGGCUGUUGUUCACCUUGGCUGUGUUUUUCGUCUGAUUAUGGUCUGCAAAGAGCUUGUUCAGUUGCCAAGUGUGUUAGAUGAGAAGACAGUUGAUCAAGCUUUCCUUGAUAAAUUGUCCUUCUGCUUAAGAAUUUUGAAGCUGCUUGGAAGUCUUUCCAAAGAUGUUCAAAGUAUAGAAAACGAUGGCUCAUUGUUACAGGCAGUAGCUUCAUUUACGGAUGCUUUUCCUAAGCUGUUUAAGGUUUUUUCUGAAUUCGCUAACCACACAGCUACAGAGGGUAAUAUUGAGAGUCUUUCUCUUGCGCUGGUGGAGGGAUUUCUUAAUCUCAUCCAACUCAUUUUUGGCAAGAGCAGUGUUUUUCAGAAUGUCCAGGCAUGUGUGUCAGCUUCUAUUCUCAACAAUCUAGAUGCCUCAGUGUGGAGAUAUGAUGCGUCCUCUUGUAAUUUGUCCCCUCCACUUGCUUACUUCCCUCGGUCUGUCAUCUACACAUUGAAACUCAUUCAAGAUCUCAAGAGACAACCAUACCAUAUCCAAGAUUUGAGGAUUUUAGAGUCAGAAGUCACCUAUGACAAUACCAAUCCUUCUGUUGAUUCUGUUUAUCUCCAUCUGCGCCAGGAAAGGAUCCCGUUGCUCAAGUGCUUCACGGUCGAAGAUAUAAUGAGAGUGAUAUUUCCUUCAUCAAGUCAAUGGAUGGAUGACUGCUUCCAUCUUGUUUAUUUCCUCCAUCGCGAAGGUGUAAAAUUACGUCCAAAAGUGGAGAGGACGUAUUCCAGUUUAAGAUCCAACAGUUUUGCGGAAGUCGAAAGCCAAAUUUCUCAUGACGAUGAAGCCCUGUUUGGGAACUUGUUUUCUGAGGGUAGCCGUUCUCUGUGUUCCAUAGAACCAAAUGAUCAACCACCUGUUUCCGUUAGCAGCAAUUUACCAUUGCAAGCCGCUAGGGAACUAUUGAAUUUUCUUAGAACGUGCAUUUUUUGUCAAGAAUGGGUUCCUAGUAUAUACGAAGAUGGAUGUAAAAAGCUUGACACUAGUCACAUUGAUAUCCUGCUCAAUAUAGUAGGCUGUAGUAUUGAAGACAAGGCUUCUGAUGGUGGUUGCAUGCUCCAAGAUGAGGGGAAACCUGGACACGUUGCCUUUGAGCUGUUACUCAAUCUCCUGAGAAGUCGUGCUCUGUCCGAUUCUCUUGAGUCCUACCUUUUUCAGCAAAUCCUUGUUGUUGAAAAUAGUGACUUCAGCUAUAAUGAUAAGACUCUGGCGCUGUUGGCUCACACUCUUCUUUGCAGGCCGGGAUUGGCUGGGGCACAGCUGAGAGCCAAAAUUUAUGAUGGUUUUGUUAAUUUUAUUGCCGAGAGAGCAAGAAGUAUAUGUGCUGAAGCUUUGAGUCUCAAGGAGUUGACUGCAUGUCUUCCCUCUGCUUUCCAUAUUGAGAUUCUUCUUAUGGCUUUCCAUCUAUCAAGUGAAGAAGAAAAGGCAAAGUUCUCAAAUCUCAUUGCUUCGUGUCUGCAUAAAGUUGAUACCCCGUCAGGAAUAUGUGAUGGUCCCCAGCUGUCCAGCUGGGCAAUGCUGAUAUCUAGGUUGUUAGUGCUGUUGCACCAUAUGUUGUUACAUCCAAACACAUGCCCAACAUCAUUGAUGCUAGAUCUAAGGUCUAAACUGAGGGAAGUUCGUAGCUGUGGUAGUAAUUUGCAUGUAACCAUUGGUGAUCAUUUAUCUUCUUGGGCGUCUGUUGUAGCAAGGGGCAUAACUGAUUCAUGGGCUGAAGAGGAGUCAGUCAGCCAUCUGAUGAGUCAAAUGAUUGACUUUUCCCCACAUCCUCCUACAUUUCAGAAUGAUGUAUCUGCUGCCAAAACUCUAAACUUGAAUUAUGGAGAUUUAUCUGCUAGUUUGUCCCGGGUUUUGGGGUUGUGGAAGGGAAAAAAGGCAGGAAAAGUGGAAGACCUAUUAGUGGAAAGAUACAUUUUCUUACUUUCUUGGGAUAUUGCUCGUAUCAACUGUGCAUUGGAUAGUCAGCCUUCCUUGCAUGUUAAUUACCAGGAAUUGGACAUAUCUAGCUCUGUGGAUCUCAUCUGUACCAGUCAUUUGCUUGUUGGGGACAUUAAUGUUGCUGGUAAGAAUAUAGAGUUGAGAAACAUUCUGAUCGGUGUUUUAAGUCAGCUCCAGGCAGCACCUGAGCAGGUGGUUGAGGAUUUGGGUUGGGACUUUAUUCGCGGAGGAUCCUGGCUCUCCCUUCUGUUGUACUUUCUUGAUGGUGGUGUCUGGGGUUAUUGCAAGAACAAUUCAUGUUCAGAAAUCGAUCCAUUCUGGAGGGAGUGCGCAUCUGUUGACGCCAAUUAUGUUGCUGCUGCAGAAGGUGUAGUCUCUUACUUGAUGGAGACUGGUGAUAUUACAGAACUGCUGAGAAUGCUUUCAUCAUUGGUUAGCAAAUAUUUACGAGUGUAUAAGAAAGCUUUCCUUGCAACUUUCAGCGCUUGGAAUCAUCAUGGUCAUAGUUCGCCUUCUCUGCUACUUCUCAAGCAUACUCAAUUUGGCAAAAGUCUCCAAGGUGAAUAUGUGAAGAUUGGUGACAAUUCUCUCCAUCUUCAAUGCAUUUUUUAUCUGUCGAAACUGGAUGCUCUGGGUGAUGGAAGAGGUUCGGGUGUUUUAUGGAAAGUGUUUUGGGAAUUUAUGGUACAUGGGUUUCCCGCUAGUCUUCAAACUUCCAGUGCGAUUCUUCUUUCAUGUAUUCUAAGCAUAAGAUGCAUUGUGCUGACAAUAGAUGGCUUACUCAAGCUGGGCAACUCAAAGGAGAAGUUUGGGGUAGAUACUUGUGUACUUCAUCAGAUACUUGAUUCUAUCAUGAUUAUUAAGUUUGAUCAGGUAUUCGAAAAUUUUCAUGGGAAAUGCGAGGAAAUCCGUCAAUAUAUAUGUGCAGCGUUGCAGCUUCCAGAUUUGACGGAGUUGUUCCUGAUGAAAGACAUGGAGGGGUUUGUAAGAGAUAUCUGUGCUGAGCAGAUAGAUAGAAGCCAUGUGCUUGAAGGGGUGAUUACCAAGAUUGUAGAUGUUAUGGAUAGUCUAAGCAAGGAUUCUUCGAAAUCGGACAUUUUCAAAUUUUAUCUUGGUGUAGAUGCAGUCUCUGAGCCUACCAGGGAAUUCUAUCAGUUGCAACGUGGAGAUCUCUCUGUUUUUAUUGACUCAUUGGACUACUGUUCCUUGGAACCGGUUAACAUAAAAGUACUCAACUUCCUUGUUGACCUCUUGUCUGUGGCUCCAUCCACUGUUCUCAGGAGAAAAGUACAGCGAAAGUUUAUUGACAUGGAUUUGAUUACUUUAUCUGGGUGGCUGGAGAGAAGACUGUUGGGUUCCUUCAUUGAGGAAAUAGAUGGGAAAAAGACUGCAAAAGGGAAUUCUCUUUCUUUCAGAGAGGCAGCAAUGAAUUUUAUUAAUUGUCUUGUGUCAUCUACUAACGACCUACAGACCAGAGAGUUACAGAAUCAUUUAUUCGAGGCCAUGCUGAUCUCCCUCGAUACCGCAUUUCUCUCAUUUGAUACCCAUAUGGCUAUGUCAUAUUUUAACUUUGUUCUUCAACUUGCAAAGGAAGACAACCUGAUGAAGAUGGUUUUAAAGAGAACUAUAAUGCUGAUGCAGAAGCUUGCUGCUGAUGAGAAGUUGCUUCCUGGUUUGAAGUUUCUUUUUGGUGUGAUAGGCACCUUAUUGAGCAACCGUUCUCCAAGUCAUGGAGAGAGUUCAUGUGGGCAGUCCUUGACAAGCAAUAAGAAUACUGCAACAGGUCCAUUGGUUCCAAAACUUUCAGGAACAGCGAAAAAAUCUGAUACAUUGGCUCUCCCUGUAAAUCAGGAAGGAAGCUCAAUAUCACUUGAAUGCGAUGUCACUUCUGUCGAUGAAGAUGAAGAUGAUGGAACAUCUGAUGGUGAAAUGGCCAGCUUAGACAAGGAAGAUGAAGAAGAUGCCAACAGUGAGAGGUACCUUGCCUCAAAAGUCUGCACUUUUACUUCCAGUGGCAGUAAUUUCAUGGAACAACAUUGGUAUUUUUGUUACACAUGUGACCUUACUGUGUCCAAAGGUUGCUGUUCUGUUUGCGCAAAAGUUUGCCACCGGGGUCACCGUGUUGUCUAUUCACGAUCGAGUCGUUUUUUCUGUGACUGUGGAGCUGGGGGUGUUAGGGGAAGCAGCUGUCAGUGCUUGAAGCCACGCAAAUUUAAUGACAUUGGAAGCGCUCCAGCUCGUGGUACAAAUAAUUUCCAAUCCUUUUUACCCUUGUCUGAGGAUGCAGAGCAGCUUGCAGAAAGCGAUUCAGAUGUGGAAGAAGAUGGUCUCGGGGAGGAAAACCACGUUGUGUUAUCUAUCCCUAAAGAAACUCAAUAUAAGAUGUCACUGCUACUAGAAGAGCUCGGCAUAGAGGACCGAGUGCUGGAGCUUUUCUCUUCUUUGCUUCCGUCUAUCACUAGCAAAAGAGACUCUGGCCUUUCGAAAGAUAAGCAGGUCAAUCUCGGGAAAGAAAAGGUUCUUUCGUUUGACACAGAUCUUUUGCAGCUGAAAAAAGCAUAUAAAAGUGGGUCACUGGACUUAAAAAUAAAGGCUGAUUAUGCUAAUUCAAAGGACCUUAAAUCUCUUUUAGCCAAUGGUUCCCUUGUCAAGUCUCUCCUGAGUGUUAGUGUUCGGGGUCGCCUUGCAGUUGGAGAAGGUGAUAAAGUUGCUAUAUUUGAUGUUGGACAGCUAAUAGGACAAGCCACAAUUGCACCCAUAAAUGCAGACAAGGCCAAUGUUAAACCACUUUCCAGGAAUAUUGUUCGUUUUGAGAUUGUUCAUCUGGCAUUCAACCCAGUUGUGGAGAAUUAUCUUGCUGUUGCAGGCCUUGAAGAUUGCCAGAUACUUACGUUAAAUCAUCGAGGUGAAGUCAUCGACAGGCUUGCUGUUGAGCUUGCCCUGCAGGGUGCAUACAUCAGGCGUAUAGAAUGGGUUCCUGGUUCACAAGUUCAGUUAAUGGUUGUUACAAAUAAAUUCGUGAAGAUAUAUGAUCUAUCCCAGGAUAGCAUCAGUCCGACACAGUACUUCACCUUGCCAAAUGACAUGAUUGUGGAUGCUACCCUUUUUGUUGCUGCUCGUGGGAGGGUUUUCCUUCUUGUUCUUUCAGAACAAGGGAAUUUGUACAGGUUUGAACUAUCUUGGGGCGGUAAUGCAGGUGCAACACCACUUAAGGAAAUCGUUCAAAUUAUGGGAAAGGAUGUUACCGGAAAGGGUGCAUCUGUCUAUUUCUCUUCAACAUAUCGACUGCUUUUCAUAUCUUAUCAUAACGGAAGUUCUUUUAUGGGUCGACUCAGCUCAGACGCAACAUCCUUAACUGAGACAUCUGGCCUGUUUGAGGAAGACUCAGAUUGUAAGCAGAAGGUGGCGGGAUUGCAUCGUUGGAGAGAGUUGUUGGCUGGCAGUGGAUUGUUUAUUUGCUUUUCCAGUGUGAAUUCCAAUGCUGCCUUAGCUGUGUCCUUGAGGGGGGAUGGGGUAUUUGCACAGAAUCUCCGUCAUCCGACUGGAUCAUCUUCCCCUAUGGUCGGAAUAACAGCUUACAAACCUUUGUCAAAAGACAAUAUUCACUGUCUUGUUCUGCAUGAUGAUGGCAGCCUUCAGAUUUAUUCUCAUGUUCGGAGUGGAGUUGAUGCUGACUCAAAUUUCACAGCUGAAAAGGUUAAAAAAUUGGGUUCUAAGAUACUUAACAACAAAGCCUAUGCGGGUGCAAAGCCGGAGUUUCCCCUUGAUUUCUUUGAGAAGACUUUUUGCAUUACGGCAGAUGUGAGAUUUGGUAGUGAUGCUAUUAGAAAUGGUGAUUCCGAGGGAGCAAAACAGAGCUUGGCAUCUGAGGAUGGCUUUAUUGAGAGUCCCAGUCCUUUGGGCUUCAAGAUAUCUGUCUCCAAUCCAAACCCUGACAUUGUUAUGGUUGGCAUCCGGAUGCAUGUGGGUACUACAUCAGCAAGCUCUAUACCUUCAGAAGUUACCAUUUUUCAAAGAUCGAUUAAGAUGGAUGAAGGCAUGAGGUGCUGGUAUGACAUCCCAUUAACAGUGGCUGAGUCACUUCUAGCUGAUGAAGAUGUUGUAAUCUCUGUGGGGCCGACUACUAACUCGCUUGAAGUAUACGGGAGAGCUAAAGAUGAAUUUGGCUGGAAAGAAAAAAUGGAUGCUGUGCUAGAUAUGGAAGCUCGUGUGCUUGGUCAUGGUUUGCUUCUUCCAGGCUCUAGUAAAAAGAGAGCGUUGGCACAGUCUGCUUCUGUAGAGGAGCAAGUUAUCGCUGAUGUCUGUCUUUCCAAGAAAGGAGAUAUACUACCAGGUAUNGACACCAAUGAGAUUCAGUUCUCUGCGGAUGAAGUAGGUAUUUCAAAUAUGUCACCGACGAUAACAAAUAGCAUCCCACAAGCUUCAACUCCAUCGAUCCAUGUCUUGGAACCUGGUGAAUCUACUGAUUUUUCUGCCUCAGUGACCGAUCCUGUUUCUAUCUCAGCUUCAAAGCGUGCCGUUAAUUCUUUAAUUCUCUCUGAGUUUCUCCUAGAAUUGAGCGGAUGGAUGGAGACAGUAUCCGGUGUUCAAGCUAUUCCUGUCAUGCAAUUGUUCUACAGAUUAUCAUCUGCCAUUGGUGGAGCCUUUAUGGAUAGCUCAAAGCCCGAAGAAAUAAGCUUGGAAAAGUUAAUUAAGUGGCUUUUGGGUGAAAUCAAUCUCACCAAGCCGUUUGCUGCUUCAGUUCGCUCUUCCUUUGGGGAAAUUGUGAUUCUUGUGUUUAUGUUUUUCACCUUGAUGCUUCGUAGUUGGCACCAGCCUGGUAGCGAUGGUAGUAGCUCACGAUUAGGUGGAAAUACAGAUGUAAAUGAUCGGAGGGGUGUCCAGAGUUCCACUCUAGUUGCUUCCCAGUCUGCUUUAGAUGUUCAAGAGAGAGAUGACUUUGCGUCUCAGCUGAUUCGCGCAUGCAGUUUCCUCAGGAAUCAAGAGUUUGUUAAUUAUCUAAUGAACAUACUUCAGCAGCUAGUGCAUGUUUUUAAGUCCCGUGCGGCCAAUGUUGAAGCACGUGGAUCAAGCUCUGGUUCAGGUUGUGGAGCCAUGCUCACAGUCAGAAGAGAUUUACCUGCGGGUAACUAUUCCCCCUUCUUUUCGGAUUCAUAUGCAAAAGCCCAUAGAGCAGAUAUAUUUGUGGACUAUCACAGGCUGCUACUUGAGAAUGUGUUUCGCUUAGUUUAUACCUUGGUUAGACCUGAAAAACAAGAGAAAAUGGGAGAGAAGGAAAAGGUUUACAGGAACACUUCUUCUAAAGAUUUGAAGCUGGACGGUUUCCAGGAUGUUUUGUGCAGCUAUAUUAAUAACCCUCAUACAGCUUUUGUUAGGAGGUAUGCUAGAAGGCUGUUCUUGCAUCUUUGCGGAAGCAAAACUCAAUACUACAGUGUCCGAGAUUCUUGGCAGUUUUCCAAUGAAGUGAAAAGCCUAUACAAGCAUGUUGAAAAGUCUGGUGGUUUUGAAAACAAUGUUUCAUAUGAAAGGAGUGUAAAGAUUGUGAAGUCGCUUUCUACAAUUGCUGAAGUUGCUUUGGCGCGGCCUCGGAACUGGCAGAAGUACUGUCUCAGGCAUGGAGAUUUUCUGUCCUUCUUACUGAAUGGCGUAUUCCAUUUUGCAGAAGAGUCUGUUAUUCAGACACUUAAACUCCUCAAUUUGGCCUUUUAUCAAGGAAAAGAUGUGAGCAGCUCAGUGCAGAAAGCUGAAGCAACUGAUGUAGUGACAGGCUCAAACCGUUCAGGAUCUCAGUCCGUGGAUUCAAAGAAGAAGAAAAAAGGUGAAGAUGGGCAUGAUUCUGGAUUGGACAAAUCAUAUGUGGAUAUGGAAGGGGUGGUAGAUAUCUUCAGUGCCAAGGGAGGAGAUCUCUUGAGACAGUUUAUUGAUUUCUUUUUGUUGGAAUGGAAUUCGAGCUCUGUUCGCACUGAAGCAAAGUCCGUUAUUUAUGGCUUGUGGCAUCAUGGAAGACACUCGUUCAAAGAAAGUCUGUUAGCAGCACUUUUGCAGAAGGUUAGAUACUUGCCAGCAUAUGGUCAGAAUAUUGUUGAGUACACAGAGCUUGUCUCCUUGUUGCUCGGCAAGGCUCCAGAAAACAACUCAAAGCAAGCAAUUAACGAGCUUGUGGAUCGUUGCCUGAACCUUGAUGUGAUAAGGUGCUUUUUUGAGACGCUGCAUUCUCAAAACGAACUCAUUGCCAAUCAUCCAAACUCCCGUAUAUACAGCACUCUGGGUAAUCUUGUGGAAUUUGAUGGUUAUUAUCUUGAGAGCGAACCUUGUGUUGCCUGCAGUUCUCCUGAUGUGCCAUAUAGCAAAAUGAAGCUUGAAAGUUUGAAAUCCGAGACAAAGUUUACCGAUAACCGCAUCAUUGUGAAAUGUACUGGUAGUUAUACGAUACAGUCUGUGACCAUGAAUGUUCAUGAUGCAAGAAAGUCAAAGUCGGUGAAGGUCCUAAACUUGUAUUACAACAAUCGCCCGGUCUCGGAUUUAUCAGAGCUUAAAAACAACUGGUCACUGUGGAACCAUGCAGAAGAGAAAAAAGGACGUACCUGUUUGUUUAUUCUUGAGCAGCUUUGUAAUUUGAUCUGCCCGUCAAAACCCGAGGCUGUAUAUAUGCUGAUCUUGAACAAAUCACACACGCAAGAAGAGUUUAUUCGGGGAUCAAUGACGAAAAAUCCAUAUUCGAGUGCUGAGAUUGGCCCACUGAUGCGGGAUGUUAAAAACAAGAUCUGUCAGCAGUUGGACCUGUUAGGUCUACUGGAAGAUGACUAUGGCAUGGAGUUGCUUGUAGCAGGAAACAUCAUUUCACUAGACCUGAGCAUAGCUCAAGUUUAUGAGCUGGUUUGGAAGAAAUCAAAUCAGUCUACUACUUCACUGACCAACUCCGCACUUUUAGCUUCAAAUGCAGCUCCUAACAGGGAUUUCCCUCCGAUGACGGUGACAUACAGACUUCAGGGGCUAGAUGGUGAAGCUACGGAGCCUAUGAUCAAGGAAUUGGAAGAAGAUAGAGAAGAAUCACAAGAUCCAGAGAUUGAGUUUGCAAUAGCAGGUGCAGUUCGGGAAUAUGGUGGUCUGGAAAUUUUACUUGAUAUGAUCAAGAGUUUACGAGAUGAUUUCAAAUCCAACCAAGAAGAGAUGGUUGCAGUUCUUGAUCUCUUAAACCAUUGCUGCAAGAUUAGAGAGAACAGGCGAGCUCUACUCAGGCUAGGGGCUUUAAGCGUACUUCUUGAAACAGCUAGGAGGGCAUUUUCUGUAGAUGCUAUGGAGCCAGCUGAAGGUAUUCUUUUAAUUGUUGAGAGUUUGACACUUGAAGCAAAUGAAAGUGACAGCAUCAGCGCCACGGAAAGUGCUUUGACUGUCAGUAACGAGGAAACUGGAACUUGGGAACAGGCCAAGAAAAUAGUGCUUAUGUUCUUAGAAAGGCUAAGCCAUCCUUCAGGGCUUAAGAAAUCAAACAAACAACAAAGGAACACGGAGAUGGUUGCUAGAAUCUUGCCUUACUUAACAUAUGGCGAGCCUGCAGCUAUGGAAGCACUCAUAGAGCAUUUUAGCCCUUACCUGCAAAACUGGUCUGAAUUUGAUCAGCUUCAGCAACGUCAUGAGGAGAACCCCAAGGACGACAGCAUUGCUCAGCAAGCGGCGAAGCAGAGGUUUACUGUGGAGAAUUUUGUAAGAGUGUCAGAAUCUCUCAAGACAAGUUCAUGUGGAGAGAGGUUAAAAGACAUAGUUUUGGAGAAUGGUAUCAUAGCUGUUGCUGUCAAACACAUCAAAGAAAUUUUCGCUGUCACAGGACAGGCUGGGUUCAAAUCUAGCAAGGAAUGGCUUUCGGCUCUUAAACUUCCCUCAGUACCUCUUAUUUUGUCAAUGCUAAGAGGAUUAUCGAUGGGGCAUUUGCCUACACAAACAUGCAUAGACCAGGGAGGUAUCCUAAUUUUACUUCAUGCCUUAGAAGGAGUCUCUGGAGAAAACGAGAUUGGUGCAAGGGCUGAAAAUUUGCUAGACACACUCGCUGAUAAAGAAGGAAACGGAUUUCUAGAAGUGAAAGUCCGUGCAUUGCGAGAUGCCACCAAAGAUGAAAUGAGACGCCGUGCACUAAGAAAGAGAGAGGAGCUCCUACAGGGACUUGGAAUGCGUCAAGAGCUAUCUUCUGAUGGUGGUGAAAGGAUUGUGGUUUCUCAACCAAUUCUUGAAGGUUUUGAUGAUGUAGAGGAAGAAGAGGAUGGAUUAGCUUGCAUGGUGUGCAGAGAAGGCUACAAGCUCAGACCUACUGAUUUAUUAGGAGUCUACUCUUACGGCAAACGGGUGAAUCUCGGUGUUGGCAAUUCUGGAAGUGCACGUGGUGAAUGCGUAUACACUACCGUGAGCUACUUCAAUAUCAUUCAUUUCCAAUGCCAUCAAGAGGCGAAAAGAGCAGAUGCUGCUCUUAAAACCCCGAAGAAAGAAUGGGAAGGAGCUAUGUUACGUAACAAUGAAUCUCUUUGCAACUCUCUCUUCCCUGUCAAGGGUCCCUCAGUUCCCUUAGCUCAGUAUCUUCGUUAUGUUGACCAGUACUGGGAUAAUCUCAGUGCUCUUGGUAGAGCCGACGGGAGCAGACUCCGUCUACUGACAUACGACAUUGUCCUGAUGCUGGCUCGGUUUGCAACAGGAGCUUCGUUUAGCGCGGAUUGCCGAGGUGGAGGAAGAGAUAGCAAUUCCCGUUUCUUGCCUUUCAUGUUCCAAAUGGCCCGUCAUCUUCUCGACCAAGGAGGCCCCAUGCAACGCACCAACAUGGCUAAAUCGGUCUCAUCCUAUAUUUCAUCGUCUUCACUAUCUACCGCAACAACGCCGCCAUCUGACUCCCGACCCUUAACUCCUGGAUCUCAGCUUUCCUCAAGUGGAACCGAGGAAACGGUUCAGUUCAUGAUGGUAAACUCGCUUCUAUCAGAAUCAUAUGAAUCAUGGCUCCAACACCGUCGUAUUUUUCUCCAGCGUGGGAUUUACCAUACUUUCAUGCAACACGCUCACGGUCGGGUAGCUUCUCUCGCUGCGGAAUCAACCAGUUCAGGAGGCAAAACUCAAGACGCAGAAACCUUAACCAGCGAUGAACUGCUCUCUAUUGUCAAACCAAUGCUGGUCUACACCGGUAUGAUAGAACAGCUUCAACAGUUCUUCAAAGCAAACAAAGCAAAGAAACCGGGUCACGUCGAACCAAACAAGAAAGAAGGUACAUCAAGUGGAGUAGAGCUUGAGCCAUGGGAGAUUGUAAUGAAAGAGAAGCUAUUGAAUGUGAAAGAAAUGGUAGGUUUCUCCAAGGAAUUGAUAUCGUGGCUCGACGAAAUAAACUCUGCAACUGAUCUGCAAGAAGCUUUUGAUAUUGUCGGAGUUUUGGCUGAUGUUUUGUCCGGAGGAGUUACACAAUGCGACCAGUUUGUUAGAUCAGCGAUUGAUGUUGGGAAUGGAAAAGGCUAAGAGAAAGUUUUGGUUUCGGGAACGCCGGAAGAGCUCUGUGUGUUUUAUAUGGUUGUGUCUCUUGUCAAUGAUAUUGUGAUUGAUUGUCAUUGUAGAAAAAUUGUCAUUGUUGUAAACACUCGUUUUGUUGUGUUAUCAAUGCAAAACACACAUAUUGCUCUUUUGUUUAA